AUGGAUCAUCUCAACAAGGAGCAGGCCAAGGCCGGAAUAUCCUCCGACCAGAUUGAGCAUGCUACCAUACACGACCACAUACUAAUUUCCCCGGAAGAGGAAAAGGCGCUGGUGAGAAAAAUCGAUCUGACUCUGCUGCCGAUGAUAUGGAUCAUGUAUCUUCUAUCCUAUAUGGAUCGCACAAACAUCGGCAACGCCAAAAUCUCGGGGAUGGCGGCCGAUUUAAACUUGACUUCCAACCAGUACUCAACCGCACUGGUGGUGUUCUUUGUGGGAUAUGUGGUUUUUGAGGUCCCCAGCAAUCUCGUUCUGACUCGCACUCGUCCUUCCAUUUUCCUUCCAGCCAUCAUGAUGACCUGGGGUGCCUUAACCUGUGUGAUGGGUGUGAUUCAAGAUUACAGCCAUCUCCUCGCAUUGAGGAUCAUCAUUGGGUGCGUCGAGGCAAGUUUCGCUCCCGGGGUACUUCUGGUUCUCUCCUCGUGGUACAAGCGCACUGAACAAUCGCGCCGAUUUGGGGUGUAUAUUUCUGCGGCUAUCCUGUCCGGUGCAUUUGGUGGAUUGUUGGCGGCGGUCAUUGUGAAAAAUCUCGAAGGUGCGCAUGGAAUCCGUGGGUGGCGGUGGUUGUUCAUAGUUGAAGGUGCUGCCACCAUAGGAGUCGCACUGAUCGCACUGUUCAUGUUGCCCGACUUCCCGGCAAACUCAAAACGACUUUCUCAGCGCGAGAGAAACGUUGCAGUGGCCCGAUUGGCAUCAGAAAAUGUGACGGCUCUUACAGAGAAAAGCCAGCGCAUGACUCAUUGGCAAGCUAUUGUGAGAUCAAUCCGGGACUGGCGAACAUGGAUAUUUGUUGCCGGGUACAUGGUCAUUGUGGGAUCUAGUACUCUUUCAUACUUUUAUCCCACCUUGGUCAAAGGCCUCUUUGGAGAUGCCUCGAAUGAGAAAAUCAACUUUCUGACAAUUCCAAUAUAUGGUAUCGCAUUCAUUUGCACCGGUAUCACUGCCUAUUAUAGCGAUCAAGUGCCUGACUGGCGAGGGUUGAUCAUUGCGGUCUGGCUCCUCUUUUCAUUGGCUUGUUCAAUUGCCGUUUGCGUCGUCUAUGACUACACGGCCCGAUAUGUCCUCCUGGUUCUCAUGGCUGCUGGGCUUUGGGCUACCAACGGCGGCACACUAGCGUAUGCUUCGUCGGCAUUUGCUGGGGCAAGUCCCGAGGCCCGGGGUGUGAGCUUGGCUAUAGUCAAUGCAUUAGGGAAUCUCGCUCAAAUCUAUGGCUCGUAUCUGUUUCCCGAUGAAGAUGGUCCAAAUUAUACCAUGGGAUUCACUGUCAUUUCAGCGAUGCUGGCACUCGGGGUUGUUGUGUUUGUGUUUUUGCACGUAUGGUUCCAACGGCAAUCUCGCUCGCGGGCAACAGAGCCCGGCGAAAUGCACAGCACAAACGAAUGA